GUUUGUUUCCUAUCGUGUUACUUUCCAAGUGACAAUCAACAACAACAAAAAAAAGAUAAUUGUUUCUCGUUUCUUAGCGAUAUUUUUGUCAGUGGGAAAUUGUAACUAUCUAUAUAAAAGAGAAAACUUCAACUAAAUGUAAAAUUAGGCUAAACGUGUGAGUUGUGGUUCUUAUUUCAUACGAGAAACAAGCACGUUGUGAAAUGCACAGGUUACAACGCGUUGAAAAAUCUCCAAGAACUCAAUCAGCUAUGGUUUCAGGACAGCUUGAGGUUUUGGGUUCAGAAGAUGGGAUCAUUGUGGAAACAUUUGGAAUACAAUCAAGGCAGCAUUUCUCUGAAGAGGCAUCAUGUUUAAAGAAGGCAUCUGUAAAUGGGAAAUUACAAGUUCUUGAACGUGGAGAAGCUGUAGCUGUUGAGCCAGUUGAAACGUCACGACCUGGCAGUACUGGAUCCAGAAGUUCAGCAGGCAGGAGAAAUCUCAUUCCAACUAAGCAAAUAUCAUUAAGUGCAGCAAAAGCUAGUUCAAAAAAGAAUGGAAAAUAUCCAGACUUUGCCAGAACCAAAAAGCCAGUUGUGGUGGUGGGCACCAACACAAAACCACUAGAGAGUGGCCCUGAAAACACAAGUGUCAUUACUGUUACUGAGCUUCAUUCGGACAAAAGACUUCCAACUGCUGUGAAAAAGACGUGUGCAGUAACGAAAAAGCAGCACAUUGAACCAGAGCUUAAAGAUCAUUUAGACAUUAAGGAACACGAGGGGACAGUUACCAUUCAGUCUUCCAUCAAUAUUCUAUCAUCACAUUCAGUGCAGAAUGUCAACUGGAAUUCCAACAAGCCUGGAGAAAGUUCAGAGGAGGAGGGUAAUGACAGUGAAGACGAGGCACAAAGUGAGGAUGAAGAUAACAAAGCACCCAUUGAGCUGCUUGGAGAGUUCCUGCAAUCAAUAAUGGAGAAGAAUUAUACCCUAGCAAGCAAACUUUGUCAGAUGAUUCUUAUUUAUGAGCCUGAUAACCCAGAGGCUAAACAAUUUAUUCCCCUUAUUGAUGAGAAGCUGCUGAUAGAACAAGCAGAUGAGCAGAAUGAGGGAGGUGAAGGAACCGCUAGCAGUGACGAAGACAGCGAUGAUGAGAGCACUGACGAGAGUGGCAGCAGUGAAAGUGAAGACAGCUCUCAAGAAGAAACUGACAGUUUUUCUGAUGAAGAGCAAGAAAAAAUCUAAAAAAAAAUAGAAAUGAUUGGAUAUAAUAUUUGUAUAUUUUAUAUGAAAUAUAUAACAUAAUUCUAUCACAGAACUCCUUGAUGAAAUUAUUUUGUAAUAUUACGUGGAUUUUGCAAAUAAGAACGACAAGUAUGUCAUUGAGAAGAGAAAUCAAAAUGUGUACACGUUUGGUACCCAAGGUGGUGCUGGUAGUGAAUGCUUUGAUGCAUUUUGACACCUAGAACGACGUUAAUCAAACCAAAGUGGCACAGGGCUAGCCCCCUCUUACAGUAACGGUAUGGUGACAUCAAAAAUCUAGAAGAACAACGUUCUACUCUGCACACCAAAAGUCAUAAACAUAGCCAUUGCUUUGUUUUGUUUGUUGUUCUUAGGUUAUGAGUUGAUGCCCAUUAAACAGAAAUUAUCACUGUAACAGCACUUCUUUCACAGUGUUUUCAUAUGCAAGACAGAAUAAUAGCACUUGCAGCAGGAAAUAUCUGCCUUUCAUGAAGUGCCCUGACUCAGCUUUUUCUUGUACUAUCAAAGCAUGUUUUUGUUAUUUGUUCUUAUUCUGCUACUUCAGCCUAAUGGUAAUAUAUUGGUUCCUGGGCACAUAGACCAGCAGCUCCUGCGUUGUGGUUAUGGUUAUUUGUUUUGGCAAUCAAACAGCUGCAAACCAUUUUUGUUGUGAAUUAAGUAUAUUGAACAAUUUUUAGAUUGGAUUGGUUAAAGUUCCUGGGCGAUUGUCAGAAUUUAGGUUUGAGGCUACUUAAACUAUAAUUGAAGCAAAACCAUAUGUACAUAUUUGAUGGUGUCUACAGUAUAAAUAUUGAUCUUCUUAAAAUAUGUUUUGCUUUUGGUUCUUUGGUUUUGCAAUUAAUUAGAAAUAUUAAAAUUAAUUUGUCUUAAUUGAUCUUGAUCUUGCUGGCAAAUGGGGCAUAUCCUGCAGUGGUGAUGACUGUCAUUUAGCAUCGCUCCCCAGCAAGUUAGGGAUUUUUAAAUUUUUUUGUUUUAAUUUGAAAUUGACAAUUAUUUUUUAUUUCAACC